AUGUCUAACUACACGUUCGACUACAUAAUAAUCGGGGGCGGGCUGGCUGGCUGCACUCUGGCUGCUAGAUUACACGAGAAAGACGGCUCAACCCAGAUCCUCAUCAUUGAGGCGGGUUCAGAUGUCACUAAUCAUCCUCUGACCCAGUCGCCUCUUGCAUGCUUUGGCGCCCACAACUCCCCUCUUGACUGGGCCUACACCACCGUGCCUCAGGCUCAUCUUGAUAAUCGGCAAUGCUACAACAGUGCUGGCAAAGCUCUUGGAGGUUGCUCCGCAACCAACUACGGAACAUGGACCCGUGGAAGUGCUGCAGACUACAACCGCUGGGGCGAAAUAGUGGGGGAUAAAGGCUGGAGUUAUGAAGGCCUCUUGCCAUAUUUUAAGAAAACGGAGACGCACUUCGACCGCAAUACCGACCAGAGCGCUCAUGGUUUGAGUGGACCGAUACAAAAUGUAUCUAUUUCCGUGAGCAGCCCGGAUCGAAAAUACCCGUUAAGGGAACCGCUAAAGGCAGCAUGGAACCGAAUAGGCGUUGAGUCUGUAGAUGAUGCCAAUGCAGGUUCACCAUUAGGUUUGGGAGAAUUGGUCGAGAACUGGCGCGGUGGACAACGCCAAAUUGCCAGCGAAGCAUAUGGUAUUAAAAAUUUGUCAGGCAUUACUAUUCUUACUGAGACGAUGGUACAGCGUGUGGUCAUUGGUAAUUCUGACGGCAAGAAAGUAGCAAAUGGAGUUGAGGUCGUAGGAGGCCAGGUCUACAACGCAAAAAAGGAAGUUAUUGUGUCGUCAGGUGUUUAUCGAACGCCACAAGUACUCAUGCUUUCGGGAAUUGGGCCCCAUGAAGAACUUUCAAAACACAAUAUCACAGAAGUCGUCAAUGUACCUGAGGUUGGGCGCAAUUUUCACGACCAUUUUGCAUUCGUACAGUGGUGGAAGCUACGCCAUCCUGAAAGAGGGCUGUCGGUGGGCACCCCAUUGUGGCAUAGCCCAGCAUAUGCAAUAGGGCUGCCUUGUGACUGGGUUGCAACGCUGCAAGCGCCACGCGACGACUUGAUUAGGGCACUGCAGCGAGACGGAGAAACGGAUAUCGAGAGAAAUCCUUAUUUAGCACCUGAUUCUUGUCACUUAGAGACGCUCAUUGUUUAUGCGCCUGCAGGCGCGGCUAUUUCCCAAGUACCUAUCCCAAUGGAUGGCACACAUAUCGCAUCGGCUGUCUUGGGCAUGUCACCAACUUCAAGGGGUCGCAUAACGCUCGCAUCAGCGGAUGCAUCCACACCUCCCCUUAUCGAUCCAAACUACUACGCCACGGAAUUUGAUCGCGCAACGCUUCGUGCUGGUAUCCGACAAGUUACCAAACUUCUCUUAGAAACACCGGAAGGCAAAGAUAUAGUUGAGUCUCAAGUGCCGACGCACGGUUUCCCAGCUCUUGUAGCUCAGUCUAGAGAUGAGGAAAUUGAUGCUCAAGUGAAAGUAAACGGCAACACAUUCUACCAUCCAGCUGGGUCAGCCGCGAUGGGCAAGGUCGUUGAUACAAGUCUCCGUGUCAGGGGUGUUGAAAACCUGAGAAUUGUAGACGCAAGUAUUCUGCCAUUGCCUGUGACUGCACACUACCAAGCAUUGGUAUAUGCCAUUGCCGAGAAGGCGGCGGAUCUUAUUCAUAGUUAG